UGUUUUCAGUUAAUGUGUUAAGAGCCAUUGACAUUUGAAGAUCAUCAGAAGUGAAGAUAAAACAUCUCAAAAAUUAUAAUUGCCUCCACUUCCCACUCAGAGAACUCCACGCACACCAAGUCCGCCUCUGUUGUGUCAUCAGAUUCCAUUUCCACUUCUGCAGACAACUUUUCUCCUGACUUGAGGGUCCUGAGGGAGGCUAACAAAUUAGCAGAGAUGGAAGAACCGCCCUUGCUUCCGGGAGAGAACAUUAAAGACAUGGCCAAAGAUGUCACUUACAUAUGUCCGUUCACCGGUGCUGUGCGAGGGACUCUGACUGUCACGAAUUAUAGGUUAUAUUUCAAAAGCAUGGAACGGGACCCUCCAUUUGUUUUAGAUGCUUCUCUUGGAGUGAUAAGUCGAGUAGAGAAAAUCGGGGGCGCUUCUAGUCGAGGUGAAAACUCUUACGGAUUAGAAACGGUGUGCAAGGACAUUAGGAAUUUACGAUUCGCUCAUAAGCCUGAGGGGCGGACGAGAAGAUCCAUAUUUGAGAAUCUAAUGAAAUAUGCAUUUCCCGUCUCUAAUAACCUGCCUCUUUUUGCUUUUGAAUACAAAGAAAUAUUUCCUGAAAAUGGGUGGAAGCUAUACGACCCUCUUUUAGAGUAUCGAAGGCAGGGACUUCCAAAUGAAAGCUGGAGAAUAACCAAGAUAAACGAGCGGUAUGAGCUUUGUGAUACCUACCCUGCCCUCCUGGUCGUGCCAGCAAAUAUUCCUGACGAAGAGCUAAAGCGAGUGGCGUCCUUCAGAUCCAGGGGCCGCAUCCCAGUUCUGUCGUGGAUCCAUCCCGAGAGUCAGGCCACAGUCACCCGGUGUAGCCAGCCCAUGGUCGGCGUGAGCGGGAAGCGGAGCAAAGAGGACGAGAAGUACCUCCAGGCCAUCAUGGACUCCAACGCUCAGUCACACAAGAUCUUCAUAUUCGAUGCUCGGCCGAGUGUUAACGCUGUUGCCAAUAAGGCCAAGGGCGGAGGCUACGAAAGCGAAGACGCCUACCAAAACGCAGAACUCGUGUUUCUGGACAUUCACAAUAUCCAUGUCAUGAGAGAGUCCCUGCGGAAGCUGAAGGAGAUUGUGUACCCCAACAUCGAGGAAACACACUGGCUGUCCAACUUGGAAUCGACGCACUGGCUGGAACACAUCAAGCUUAUUCUUGCAGGGGCCCUCAGGAUCGCAGACAAGGUGGAGUCAGGGAAGACGUCUGUGGUCGUGCACUGCAGUGACGGCUGGGAUCGCACGGCGCAGCUGACCUCCCUGGCCAUGCUCAUGCUGGAUGGCUACUAUCGAACCGUCCGAGGCUUUGAAGUCCUCGUGGAGAAGGAGUGGUUAAGCUUUGGGCAUCGAUUCCAGCUGAGAGUUGGCCACGGAGAUAAGAACCAUGCCGAUGCAGACAGAUCACCUGUUUUUCUUCAGUUUAUUGACUGUGUCUGGCAGAUGACAAGACAGUUCCCCACCGCAUUCGAAUUCAACGAAUACUUUCUCAUCACCAUUUUGGACCACCUGUACAGCUGUCUGUUUGGAACUUUCCUCUGCAACAGUGAACAACAGAGAGGAAAAGAGAAUCUCCCCAGGAGGACGCUGUCCCUGUGGUCGUACGUCAACAGCCAGCCCGAGGACUUCACCAACCCGCUCUAUGGGAGCUACACCCACCACGUCCUGUACCCGGUGGCCAGCAUGCGCCACCUGGAGCUCUGGGUGGGCUACUACAUAAGGUGGAACCCACGGAUGAAGCCACAGGAGCCUCUUCACAGCAGAUACAAGGAGCUCCUGGCUAAGCGCGCAGAGCUUCAGAAGAAAGUGGAAGAGCUGCAGAGAGAGAUCUCCAGCCGGUCAACCUCGUCUUCGGAGCGAGCCGGCUCCCCCGCACAAUGCGUCAGCCCCCUCCAGACCGUCGUGUGAGGCCCUGGUCAGGGCAGCGCCACGCCACGCCACGCCACGCCACACGGCUGAUGGGAAGUGCCCCGCGCUUAGAAUGCAUCUGCGGGGAGACAGUUGCUCUAUUUAUUUUAAGUCUCUCUGGGAUGAACUUAGAACUGUAGCAGCGCAGGGGGCUGGAGUGAAAUGACACCAUAGGUAAUUAUGUAAUCACACGAUGAGGACACUAAUCUUCUAAAUACCCAGAGAGCGCCGAAACACGGCAACCCUGGGUUCACAGUGGGAACAAGUUUUUGUUAUUAAAGGGAAAGUGCAGGCACAUACCGUUGACGUAAACACAAACUGCAUUAGAAACGUGCCUCUUGAUGCAAGAGAGCUCACUGCACAGAGAACGCAGGCAUCAGCCGACACUGACAUCCCUGACAUCGUGGACCUUGGGCCUCAGUGUCGACACAGGUCAGAGUCCUUUGAUGCCUCCUUCUCCGCCGUAGGUUUUCCUUUUUUGGUAGUAAUUGAGUGACCCGAUCACUUUUCAACUUCCACAUUCUUUGCACCAUAAAAGGCAACGUCUUCAAGAUACUAUGGGGUAGCAGUAAGUGAAAAUGAUUGCUGUCGUUAUUUACGUACUUACUAAAGACGUAUUAGAUGGCUUCUUAAAAAUGAUGCCUUACAGAUGUGCUUGGGGAAGAUGAAGGGGAGAGAGUAGUGGCUAUCCAGGAGUUCAAAGAAUUCCACACGUUUCAGAUGAGCUUCCGUUUGCCUAAUUGCCAGAAGCACCUUGGGGAGAUGUUUUAAAAAUUCAUUUACCCUACUUUAUUUUACCUAACUUUUUGGUGUGUCUGAAUACACAGAAACUAAUUGGCAAGGUUUUAAGCAAGAUUUAAAAUCCUGCUAGGACUGACAUUUUUUCUGAAGUCUGUAUAAAUAGCUUAUGGUAAGAAGUACUAUGCUCAGAUUUUACAUUAAAUACUUUUUCCUUUGGAAAUUCUGUAAUUCCACUGAAUAGUUAAGUCUACCAAAGAACAUGUUGCAUGUAAAAAAUGUAUUACAAUCUCAUUGCCAGGAAAAGACAUCUUGCUUCUUUGCUCGCCUGCUACAAGGAAGAGUUCGGUGCUGGUAUAAACAUUUGACUCUGAUGUCUACUUUACUCGCUAAAAGAGCCAUAUGUAAUGUACUGUAACAAACGAGCUUCUUGUCCCUGGGUCGUUUAAUUAAAAGAAAUUUCAACGGACUUUUAAC